GUUCGAUAAAGUCAGCUCGAUUAAUCACCAACAAUUAUCAAAGAUGUACUAUUCUUUUUAUUCAUGUCAAUUCCAGAACGAUUAGAAGUCGACUUGAAUAGAGGAUUCCUAUUAUGUUUCCAAGGACUAUCAACUACGACAAGACAGUGGAUCAAUGAAAGACCUAAAGUAAACGGUUUGCUUUUGAUUAGCACAAAACCGUACUGGGGUGACCAUGAAUCUUUGGGAAGCACAUUCGAAAACAAGAAUUUUCAAGUCUUAGAUGACGAAUUCACAAGUACAUAAAACACCAAUUAACAAAUUAAAACGGAUGCAUCCAUUCAUUUAAAAAACAAAACCAAGAAAGCAAUGACUAGCAAGCUUAUUGAACUAUGAUACAUCUAUAAAACUUUUGAUGAUGACGACCAAUAUUAAAGCAUCAAUUGGGAAUAGAAACGCUGUAAAAAGCCUUAAAGGAUUCAAAUUUAUAAAUAUCUUUCCUUUUCUUACAUCCCAUCUAUUGAAAAAGUACAAAUCAUAUAAUAAAGCUCAUUCACCGUGAAUGUGUUGCAUAUCAACCGGGAAUAAUAGACUGUGUGCAAAUAAUCAGAAAAGACUUUUCGAAGAUCCUGAAAAAAUUUUUAAAACUAAGGAAUUAUUUUAUCGAUUGCUAAAUCCAAGACUUCUCCUUUUUGGUAAUUAGUCAAUUGCAUUAACUUCCAAGGAAUACGGAAACAUGAAAACCAGUCCGUUUCUAAUUGUUUUAAUUAGAGCCUUAUUCUUUAGAAAAUCAACGAAAAAUCAUUUUGCAAGUAUGAACGAGUUCUUAAAGCGAACUUGAACAGUCUUUAGAUCAACUGGUCGAUUGCAUAUCAUCCUUGGCUUCAUCUAAAACUUUUCUACCUACAACCAAAGCAUUCAUUAUUUAUAAUAAACAAGGAUAUAGAUAUCAUGUCAUUUUUUGAAGCAUUAGGCUCUGGCAUAUGUGCAGGAUUGGCCGUCGACUUAUCGCUAUUUCCAGUUGAUACUUUAAAAACUCGCUUGCAAGCAAAGGGUGGGUUUCUUGCAAACGGUGGAUUUCAAGGCGUGUAUAGAGGCCUUGGUAGCAUCUUGGUUGGUAGCGCUCCUGGAGCUUCUUUGUUUUUUACAACUUAUGAAACUAUGAAAACCAAGCUCCACCAUUCAGGUCUUGCAUUGUCUGAACCCGUGAUCCAUAUGACUUCUGGAUCAAUGGGUGAAAUUGCUGCUUGCUUGGUACGAGUUCCUACAGAGGUAAUUAAGCAAAGAGCCCAGGCUUCUGGUGGAACACUUUCCUCCAGAAAUGUUCUUCAAACGAUAUGGAAGUCUGAGCAAUCCUUGAGAAGUUUAUAUUCUGGUUAUGGAAUCACUAUUAUGAGAGAAAUCCCAUUCACUCUAAUACAAUUUCCUUUGUGGGAAUAUCUCAAGAAGACAUGGAGGACUUCCAACAAUCGAGAGAAGAAUAUGGCUCACGAGGCAGCAUUAUCUGGGUCCCUUGCCGGUGGUAUUGCUGCUGCACUUACUACUCCUCUUGACGUUAUAAAAACAAGAAUUAUGCUUUCACAAAAGAGAACGUCUUAUGUAUCUACAGUAAAAAAUAUCAUUCAAUUAGAAGGAGGUCGUGCCCUCUUUUCAGGCAUUGUUCCUCGUGUACUUUGGCUCAGCGGUGGAGGUGCUAUUUUCCUAGGAUUUUAUGACACUGUCUUCAAUCUUAUUCAUGAAAAGCACGUCUCUUAGAGAAGAGGAUAUCUCAAUCUCUGUAUUUUAUUCCCCAUGGACACUUUCUUUUCUUGACAUUACCAUCAGAAACUUGUAUUGAAACAUUGGUCAUCUUCCUAAUUAGCAUAUGGGAAGUGCUAAGUAAUAUCCUGUAUAGAUAUUUGAGUUCUGCUUUUUGCUAUGUUUUGGAUUUUCUCGCUACCUAGGUUUAGUAGAAGGAUUUAACUAAAUAAAUUUAAUCAAAAAGGAAAUUUAAAACACAAAGUCGUUUACAAAGAAUGUACUAUCCGACUAAAUAAUUUUUCUGUUCCAUUCAUUUUUCGUAUUCUUGGAUUUCCCU